AUGACUACCGAGGUAAAAGGAUAUUUGGGCAACGCCCCAAAACCCUAUAAGGGAGAGCGGAAGGGACUGACCCCCUUCCUUCAACAUGUGGACAUGUUCUUCCUGAUGAACCCCAGCAAAUUCCCAGACGAGCUUACCAAGGUCCUGUUUACUAGCUCCUAUCUGGAGGGAGACGCCGAAACCUGGUUCAGACCCUACCUUAGGGACUACACCACCAACAAACCGGCCGAUCGAAGUACCGACACGGGAGCCAUCUUUGGCACUUACAAAGGGUUCAAGGAACGACUCAAGACUGCCUUCGGUGUGCAGAACGAAGAACGAGAAGCCGAAGGACAGGUCAUGAACCUCCGACAGACUGGGUCUGCGCAGGAAUAUGCAACCAAGUUCAGAGGGCUCGUCGCUAUCCUGGAGUGGGACGAUAGCGUAACGGUCCCCAUUUUCCGAGAAGGCCUGAAGCCCGCAAUUCGUUGGGAGCUACGAAACAACACGACCCGACGAUUGGCUGACUUGAUGGCAGAGGCCAUCAAGAUUGACAGUGACCUCUGGGACUUCCACAAGGGUCGACAGAGAGGCAGCAAAGCCGUGUACGUGGCAAAGGGGACCCACAAACCAAACACCCCCAAGCAACGAGAGCCGUACUACGGACCCAUGCCGAUGGACCUGGAUGCGGCCCAGAAGAAAAAGGGUAACGCCAAGGGCAAGUCCCAAAGGGGCAACAAAGGCGCCAAGAUUCCCAAAGAGGAAAGGGAACGACGCUUCAAAGAAAAGCUAUGCCUCUAUUGCGGAAAACCCGGACACGUCGCAAGGAACUGCCAGUCCAAGGCCCAAAUGCACAACGGGGAGAAGCACCAGCGGACCAAGGAAAUGAACAUGGCAGAAGGGGAGGCAGUGCAAGGGAAAGGAACCGUACUUGAUGGAGGGCUCGCAGAAGUC